CAACACUGCAUGUUACAUACUCUAUGGGACUGUUUUGGAAGCUGGUUUUUUCUUUGCUAAUGCAAAAGCGCUUUGAAAUGAAAUCACUGUAGAACUGCUUUUAAAACUUAUGAAUCUUAUAAGUUUCAUUUCAAUAUUUCCUAUUUGAAAUUUUAAUACAUAAUCUUUGGUCGCUAGAACCUUUUUUAUACAUUUACGGUACAGUUUACGUCUCUGCGUCAUACAAAUUUUAUUUUUGAACUGCUGUUUUGCUUUGUUCUGGUGAUGAAAACCUAAGUGUGGUUAAAAUUGUGAAAAGAAAUAUUGAAGUGUAGUGUUGUUUAAAGCCGAAAAAGAACAAAAAUGCCUACUAGUGCAGUAUAUCAACCGACGACAGUAACAUAUGAGCAACAGCCGAAUGAGCAACGAUGGAAUUGUCCUAUGAGCUAUUUCUCACGUCGUGUAACGAGCAGUCUCAAUAGGACCAAUUGUAUAAGAAUCGGAUUAUGUCUUCUUGGCAGUAUACUUUUCAUCAUUGGUCUGGGAUUGGCGAUCGCUGGGGGAGUCCAGUACUCGAAUACUCCACCUUCAGACUCUCCCGAGGCCCCGGAAUGUGGGCUCCGAACUCUCAUAGCGGGAGGUGUCAUUCUUUGUCUGGGGCUGCUUUUUGCCGGCGUAGGUGGCUGGGCCUGGACCUCUAGAUGGGGCGGUGGUAAGGAGGCUCCCAGUAGCGGGGCCGCGGCGCUCACCGCUCUGAACCCCUCGACCGACCCCCUGGUAGCGGCACAGUACGCGCCGGUGAGGGACGCACCGCCCGCCCCAGAUGAUGAGAUGCGCAACCUCAUGGACAAUAAGGAAUGCUUGAGCAGUGCCGAAGAAAGCGAUAAAAUGCUGGACGGACGCCCAUCGGUGGCGUAAACAAGCAUCACAAUGUUUCCAUCACAAUUCCACGAGCUUAGGCUAGUCUUAUUAUAACCGAUGAUACCCGAUCAGAUCAGUAAAGCACGAUUGAGCGGUACUAUACGAUUUGUAACACUACAAUGGCAUGGGAUAUAAAUUUAUUUUUGUGGAAACCUCUAUUGCUGAUUAAGUGAAGCGAAAUGUAAUAUUUUGAUGCUGCUCUAUCGUGUUCCUUGGUAUAUUUAACUUAUAAGGAGUUGCAUUUUAUGGUACAAAGUAUGAAAAGUAAAUAAAAGACGAAUAUCUUUAAUGAGAACCCAAUUUGCUUAUCAUGUAAUAACGCCCUUUUAUAUUAAAUACAUUUAAAGUUAUUUAAUUAAUUUGCUGAUG